CGUAUACGCCAGUUUACUACCUGGACGUUUACGCUUUGUUGCCCUGACGACUGUGGCUGGAUCGCCGCAGACUAGAUUGGAAACUCGCUUGCAGCACGUCGAGGACAGUGUACCUGUCGAGAGAUCGUCGUGGUGUCUCAGUUUCCCGGGAAUACACGGCAGCAAGCCAUGGGCAGCAAGAAGAAGGAAAUUGCCCUGCAGGUUAACAUCAGCACCCAGGAGCUUUGGGAGGAAAUGCUCAGUUCCAAAGGACUAACUGUUGUUGACGUCUAUCAAGGGUGGUGUGGCCCCUGCAAACCCGUGGUGAGCCUCUUCCAGAAGAUGAGGAUCGAGGUUGGCCAGGACCUUCUGCAUUUCGCCUUAGCAGAAGCAGACUGUCUUGAUGCCCUUGAAAAAUACCGAGGGAGAUGUGAGCCGACCUUUCUGUUUUAUGCAGGCGGAGCACUGGUGGCGGUGGUUAGAGGAGCAAAUGCCCCGCUACUGCAGAAAACCAUCCUGGAGCAACUGGAGGCUGAAAAGAAGGUGCUGGCUGAAGGCUGCGAACGGAAAGUGAUUAGAGACGAGGCUCUGUCUGAUGAAGAUGGAUGCUUCACCUGUGACAAGGACAGUGGUGACAAUGACAUGGUGCCAUGGGGGAAGACCUGCACCUUGGCCAUCAUUAAGCCAGACGCAGUGGUCCACGGAAAGACUGAUGAGAUUAUUAUGAAGAUCCUGGAAGCCGGUUUUGACAUUCUAACAAAUGAAGAGAGAACCAUGACAGAGGCAGAAAUGCGACUUUUCUAUCAACACAAAGCUGGGGAGGAGGCAUUUGAGAAGCUGGUGCAUCACAUGUGCAGUGGACCGAGCCACCUCCUGAUACUCACCAGGACUGAGGGCACUGAGGAUGUGAUCACUGCCUGGCGAACGCUCAUGGGGCCCUGUGACCCUGAUGUGGCAAGGAGGGAGCAGCCUGACAGUCUCCGCGCUCAGUACGGCACAGAAAUGCCCUUUAACGCAGUCCACGGAAGCCAGGACAGAGACGACGCCUACAGAGAACUGGCAUUGCUCUUCCCCACUUUUAAGUUUUCAGAUGAAGUUCUAGAAGCCUCUCUGGGCCACGAGGCCGAAGGAGUGGUGGGCCCCACUGAGGUGCUUCGCUUCCCUGAGGACACGGACUGAGACGGCUGUGCAGCUUUUCCGGAGCAUGUGACCAGGGCGAGGCCACGGGGCCACAAGAUGGAAUGUCUGUGCACUCCAAUCAGCUGCACAGAAGGGAACCUCCAGAAUUGGAACCUCUUUUCUGCACCAAUACUUAUUUGGUUUAGCCAUCUCAUGAACAAUAAACAAUAUAUAC